AUAUCACAAAGUGCUCACCCAUAGUUCAAACUCUCCAGUCAAUUAGAUACAAAUCUGAAGAGGAUCUCAAAUACCUUUUUCAUUUUUCUUUUUCACUUUGAGAAUUUAGAAAUAGUUUCUUCUCAAGUUUUAAAUUUCCGUGCUUCCAUUAUGAAAACCAAUGAUAUUUCUGAUGUUAACCGUUCUCUUGCAAAUUUUCAUCCUACUAUUUGGAAGGAACAAUUCCUUUCAUUUGAUGAUGCAUUGAAAGUAGAUGAUGGCAUGGAAUUAGAAAGAAUUGAAAAGUUGAAAGAAGAAAUAAGGAUGAUGGUGACUGCUUCCAUGGAAAAUCCAUUGGCAAAUCUAAAUUUGGUUGAUUCAAUCCAACGGCUGGGAGUAUCUUAUCAUUUUGAAGAUGAGAUUGAACAAUUCUUAGAACAUAUAUAUGUGUCUUAUAAUAAUUCCCUUCUAUUGAGUAACAAAGAUAGUGAAGAUGACGAUCUUCAUUUUACUGCUCUUCUAUUUCGACUUCUCAGGCAACAAGGUUAUAGGAUUUCAUGUGAUAUAUUUUUGAAGUUCAUGGACAAGAAUGGAAAAUUUAAAGAGUCAUUGGUUGAGGAUGAAAGAGGAAUAUUGAGCCUAUAUGAAGCAUCACAUAUGAGGGGGCAUGGAGAAGCUUUGCUUGAGGAAGCUCUUGAAUUUACAACCACACAUCUUAAAGCAUAUAUUCAUCUUUACUCAAAUAUUAAUCCAAAUUUUGCAUCUGAAGUUAGUAAUGCAUUGAAAUUGCCUAUUAGAAAAUGUGUUCCAAGAAUCAAGGCAAGAGAGUAUUUUCAAAUUUACCAGCAACAUCCUUCUCACAGUGAGACUUUGCUUGAAUUCUCUAAACUAGACUUCAACAUAUUACAAAAACUUCAUCAAAAGGAGCUAAGCGAAAUCUGCAGGUGGUGGAAGGAUUUAGAUGUCCCAACAAAGUUCCCUUUUGCAAGAGAUAGAAUUGUAGAGUGUUAUUUUUGGACGUUGGGAGCAUACUUUGAACCUCAAUACAACGUUGGGAGGAAAAUGUUAACCAAAGUAAUUGCAAUUUCUUCAAUUUUAGAUGAUAUUUACGAUGCCUAUGGAACAUUUGAAGAACUCCAAGUCCUCGCCCCAGCAAUUCAAAGGUGGGAUAGAAGCAUGGUGCAUACACUUCCCGAGUACAUGAAACCUUUUUAUGUAGCAAUGUUUGAAGUUUAUGAGGAAAUUAGCAAAGAGAUUGGCAAGGAUCAAAAUUCUCUCCAUCUUCAAGUUGCAAUAGGAGGAAUAAAAAAGUUAUCUGAAUCCUAUUUUGAAGAAGCUAAAUGGUUAAAUAAAAAGUAUAAACCAAGCUUUAAGGAGUACAUGGAAUUGGCAUUAAAUACCACAGGCUAUACCUUGCUUAUAUCCAUUUCUUUUCUUGGAUUGGGUGAUCACAUUGUAACAAACGAGGUUCUUCAAUGGCUUUCCAAUGGACCUCAAAUUAUUAAAGCCUCAACUAUCAUUUGUAGACUCAUGGACGACAUCGCUUCCCACAAGUUUGAACAAGAAAGGGAGCAUGUAGCUUCUGCCGUUGAAUCGUACAUGGAGCAAUAUGAUUGUUCAGAAGAAGAAGCUUGUGUUGAACUUCAUAAGGAAGUGGUUGAUGCAUGGAAGGAUACAAAUGAAGCAUUUUAUCGCCCAUUUAAUGUACCAUUGCCUGUUCUAAUGCGUGUACUCAAUUUUUCAAGAGUUAUGAACUUGCUUUAUUUGGAUGAAGAUGGAUACACAAAUGCAAAGAGUAGAACAAAGUUUCUUAUUAAAUCUCUUCUUGUUGACCCACUGCCUUGUUAAAUGAACUUGAAGCCCAUCUUGCUUGAAAUUAAAUGGCAAGAACUCUCUUUUGACCAAUGAAUGAAUAUAGGUAGUGCAAAGAGAUUAAAAUAAGCUAGUUUUCUUGCCAUUUUCAUCCAUGAGGUUUAUCGUGUGUAUUGUUAUGAAUUAUUGUAUAAAAUAUUGGUGUGAAGAGUAUUUUGUACCAUUCUUUUCUUUC